GGCUCGGGGUGAAGAGGGCCAGUAACAGGCUGCUGGAUCUGGGGAUAGCAUUCAGAGACAGACUGAAACGCAUCGUAGACAGCAAGUACUUCAACAGAGGGAUCAUGACCUCCAUCCUCAUCAACACUCUCAGUAUGGGGAUAGAAUACCAUCAACAGCCGGUGGAGUUGACUGAUAUCCUGGAGAUCAGUAACAUCGUGUUCACCUGCAUGUUCCUCCUGGAGAUGCUGUUCAAGCUGCUGGCCUUCGGUCUCUUCGGCUAUAUCAAGAACCCCUACAACAUCUUCGACAGUAUCAUCGUCAUCAUCAGUGUCUGGGAGAUCGUUGGGCAGGCGGACGGCGGUCUGUCAGUCCUGCGUACCUUCCGUCUGCUGCGGGUCCUGAAGCUGGUCCGGUUCCUGCCCGCCCUGCGCAGACAGCUGGUGGUUCUGAUGAAGACUAUGGACAACGUAGCCACCUUCUGUACACUGCUCAUGCUCUUCAUCUUCACCUUCAG